CGAAGCUUGGCUGGCAGGGCCCGCGGGGCGUGUGCCGCUGCUCGCGCGAGCCCCCCCGCCCCACGCCUCCUCAUGCAGCCCUGGCAGUGCCUCCGGCGCUUUGCCCUGGCCUGGUGGGAGAGGACAGCGGAGGGCCGCGCCCGAUCUCCCAGGGAGGAGGCUGGACCAAGGGAUCCUGGGGGACGAGGGGAGCCAGAUCCCGAGCGGAGCAGCCCCCCCAUGCUGUCUGCCGACGAUGCCGAGUACCCGCGGGAGUACCGGACCCUGGGGGGCGGGGGCGGCGGGAGCGGCGGGGGCCGGCGCUUCUCCAACGUGGGGCUGGUGCACACGUCCGAGCGGCGGCACACGGUGAUCGCCGCCCAGAGCCUGGAGGCGCUCAGCGGACUCCAGAAGGCGGAUGCCGACCGCAAGCGCGACGCCUUCAUGGACCACCUGAAGAGCAAGUACCCCCAGCACGCCCUGGCCCUCCGGGGUCAGCAGGACAGGAUGCGAGAGCAGGUUGGCGGCUGGACCGUGGACCCUGUGUGCCUCCUCAGCUCCCUCUGCUCCCACCUCCAUGGCGACUCCGCCCCCUCCGGGGCUGGCCAGCCGGCCCAGCAGCCAAACUACUGGAGUUUCAAGACCCGCAGCUCACGCCACACUCAGGGAGCCCAGCCCGGGCUGGCAGACCAGGCAGCCAAGCUGUCCUACGCUUCGGCUGAGUCGCUGGAGACCAUGUCUGAGGCUGAGCUGCCCCUGGGCUUCAGUAGGAUGAACCGCUUCCGGCAGAGCCUGCCCCUCUCCCGGUCAGCAAGCCAGACCAAGCUGCGUUCGCCAGGGGUGCUGUUUCUACAGUUCGGGGAGGAGACUCGGCGCGUGCACAUCACGCACGAGGUCAGCAGCCUCGACACGCUGCACGCACUCAUCGCGCACAUGUUCCCGCAGAAGCUCACCAUGGGCAUGCUUAAGUCGCCCAACACCGCCAUCCUCAUCAAAGACGAGGCGCGCAACGUCUUCUACGAGCUGGAGGACGUCCGGGACAUCCAGGACCGCAGUAUUAUCAAGAUCUACAGGAAGGAACCACUCUACGCUGCUUUCCCUGGCUCACACCUCACCAACGGGGACCUCCGGAGAGAGAUGGUAUAUGCGUCACGGGAGUCGUCGCCCACACGGCGCCUCAACAACCUGUCGCCAGCACCUCACCUGGCGUCCAGCUCGCCGCCGCCAGGGCUCCCGUCCGGGCUCCCGUCCGGGCUCCCGUCGGGCUCGCCGUCGCGCUCCCGCCUUUCCUACGCCGGAGGGCGCCCGCCUUCCUACGCGGGCAGCCCGGUGCACCACGCGCCCGAGCGGCUGGGAGGCGCCCCCGCCGCCCAGGGCGUCAGCCCCAGCCCCAGCGCCAUCCUGGAACGGCGCGACGUGAAGCCAGACGAGGACCUGGCGGGCAAGGCGGGCGGCAUGGUGCUGGUGAAGGGCGAGGGCCUCUAUGCCGACCCCUACGGACUGCUCCACGAGGGCCGCCUGAGCCUGGCCGCGGCCGCCGCGACCCGUUUGCCUAUCCGGGCGCCGGGGGCCUCUACAAGCGCGGCUCGGUGCGCUCGCUCAGCACCUACUCGGCCGCCGCGCUGCAGUCAGACCUGGAGGACUCCCUGUACAAGGCGGCGGGCGGCGGCCCUCUAUGGCGACGGCUACGGCUUCCGCCUGCCGCCCUCCUCCCCGCAGAAGUUAGCCGACGUGGCGGCGCCCCCCGGAGGACCCCCGCCGCCACACAGCCCCUACUCGGGGCCACCCAGCCGCGGCUCCCCGGUGCGCCAGUCCUUCCGCAAAGACUCGGGCUCGUCGUCGGUCUUUGCCGAGAGCCCUGGGGGCAAGACCCGCAGCACCGGGGGCUCCUCGACGGCGGGAGGCCCCCCUCCCGAGCUCUUCCCCGGGCCUGGGGAGCGCCCUCUGGUUGGGUUCGGGCCACCGGUAGCAACCAAGGACACGGAGACCAGGGAGCGCAUGGAGGCCAUGGAGAAGCAAAUCGCCAGCCUCACAGGCCUGGUGCAGAGUGCCCUACUCCGAGGCUCGGAGCCGGAGACGCCCAGUGAGAAGAUUGAAGGCUCCAAUGGAGCAGCCACCCCCUCAGCACCCUGCGGGUCAGGCAGCCGGAGCAGUGGGGCCACCCCAGUGUCGGGCCCUCCCCCGCCCUCUGCCGGUAGCACCCCCGCGGGGCAGCCCACCGCCAUCAGCCGUUUGCAGAUGCAGCUGUACCUGCGGGGCUUACAGAACAGCACCAGUGACCUGCGCAACCAGCUGCAGCAACUGCGAAAGCUCCAGCUACAGAACCAGGAGUCGCUGCGCGCGCUGCUCAAGGGCACGGAGGCGGAGCUGAGCAUGCGCGUGUCCGAGGCUGCGCGGCGGCAGGAGGACCCGCUGCAGCGGCAGCGCACCCUGGUGGAGGAGGAGCGGCUGCGCUACCUCAACGACGAGGAGCUCAUCACGCAGCAGCUCAAUGACCUGGAGAAGUCGGUGGAGAAGAUCCAGAGGGACGUGUCCCACAACCACCGGCUGGUGCCCGGGCCUGAGCUGGAGGAGAAGGCGCUGGUGCUGAAGCAGCUUGGGGAGACAUUGACUGACCUGAAAGCUCACUUCCCAGGCCUGCAGAGCAAGAUGCGGGUGGUGCUGCGUGUGGAGGUGGAGGCUGUGAAGUUUCUGAAGGAAGAGCCCCAGCGCCUGGACGGGCUCCUUAAGCGCUGCCGUGGGGUCACGGACACACUGGCCCAGAUCCGAAGGCAAGUGGACGAGGGCGUGUGGCCACCCCCCAACAACCUUCUGAGUCAAUCGCCCAAGAAAGUGACAGCGGAGACAGACUUUAACAAGAGCUUGGACUUUGAAAUGCCACCCCCCAGCCCUCCAAUGAACCUCCAUGAAUUGAGUGGGUCAGCUGAGGGGGCCCCUCCUCUUCCCAAGGGGGGCAACCCUACCAAAGGCUUGGAUGCUUCUGGCAAAAGAAGUGUGGACAAGGCUGUGUCUGUUGAGGCCGCUGAGCGAGACUGGGAGGAGAAGCGGGCAGCCCUGACCCAGUAUAGCGCCAAGGACAUCAACCGGCUGCUGGAAGAGACGCAGGCAGAGCUGCUGAAGGCCAUCCCUGACCUGGACUGUGCAAGCAAGGCCCCCCCGGGUGUCGCCCCCACCCCUGACCACAAGCCCCCCAAGCUUCCCCACGGGCAGAAGGCAGCUCCCCGAACAGAGCCCAGCGGGAGGAGAGGCUCAGAUGAGCUGACCGUUCCCCGAUACCGCACGGAGAAGCCUUCCAAGUCGCCCCCGCCACCCCCUCCGCGCCGAAGCUUCCCCUCCUCCCACGGCCUGACCACCACUCGCACCGGAGAGGUGGUGGUCACCAGCAAGAAGGACUCGGCCUUCAUCAAGAAGGCUGAGUCUGAGGAGCUGGAGGUGCAGAAGCCGCAGGUGAAGCUGCGGCGGACCGUGUCGGAGGUGGCCCGCCCGGCCUCCACGCCACCCAUCAUGGCCUCGGCCAUCAAGGACGAGGACGACGAGGACCGCAUCAUCGCAGAGCUGGAGAGCGGCGGUGGCAGCGUGCCACCCAUGAAAGUGGUGACUCCGGGGGCCUCCCGGUUGAAGGCGGCCCAGGGCCAGGCGGGCAGCCCGGACAAAGGCAAGCAUGGCAAGCAGAGGGCGGAGUACAUGAGGAUCCAGGCCCAGCAGCAGGCCACUAAACCACCUAAAGAGAUGAGCGGGUCAAAUGAGACCUCGAGCCCCGUCUCAGAAAAGCCCUCGGCUUCCAGAACCUCCAUCCCUGUAUUGACUUCCUUUGGGGCGAGGAAUUCUUCCAUCUCCUUCUAGAAGCCCCCUCACGCCUCCACUCCAGCCUGUCCCCUCCCUUUCCCCAUCAUUCCUCCCCUGCACUUCUUACCCUCAUCUCCACCCCUGCCACCCCAUUCUCCAGAUCCUCCCCAGGGUUGCCAGAGUGCGGCCCUCCUCAGCUAUCUACCAUCCCCUGUGGGUGUCUUUGGUUUAAAAAGAGAUUUGCUUUCAAUUAUCUUUUUUUUUUUUUUUUACAAAACAAACAAAAAAGCAAGACAGUAACAUGAAAAACCAAAACACACCACCUUCCUUUGCUUCCUGUUCAAAACGGCCACUUUCCACCUUCUGUCAUCGUCCCUCCCUUUUCUCCUCACCCUGUCCUUCCCCCAUGUCCAUCCUGAAGUUCCGACCCUCCCGGCAACUUCUGAGGAGCUCUCCAAACAAACUGAGCCACGAGACUUGGGCGGCGAGACACCCCCUCCCCUUCCUCAGACACCGCCCAGGAGGAAAACCUGGACCCUGAACCAACUCCAGUAGCAGGCUGGAAAACGGGGUGUAGGGAGACGCCAGCCCCGGAGGCUCCCCUCUCCUCUGACCUGGGGGACAUGACUGAAUUCUGCUGCCCUGGUGGACCUGGAGCCAGCUGGACGGACCGGAGAGGGAAGUUGAUUCGGGCGGGGUGGGGUGGGGCCACCCCAGCUGCUCCCGGGGCAGGAGCUGGCUUUCUGGGGCCCCUUCCUGUGGGAAGAGCUGCUGGCCUGGGCCCAACCCAGGAAGGGCCUUUGGAACUGCUGGCUGUGGGUGGCAGCUGAGCCAAAAGCCUACCGCUGGGGCACUGCCUUGGGAGAGGGCAGCCUCGCCAGGGGCCUUUGGUACAUUUAGUUUCCUAAUUUAGCACUUUAAUGACAUUAACUUAUUUAAUGGGGUGGGGUGGGCAACAAUGAACGGGCUAGAAAAUUAGAUUUUGAGGCCUGGAGGGUGGGGAGGGUCUGGUUGUGAGGGAGACGGAGGGAAUUGGGAGAGGGUCCAUAGGGCACUAAGCGGACAGCUCUGACCCCGCAGAUGGGGUGACUGGACCCUCAACCCUUGUCUUUGAGCAUUUGCAGGGAAGGGGUGAGACACGGCUUUAAAUGGAGAGUUGGUCACCCCUGAUAAUAGCCUUGAGGGUCCCGGUGGUGGCCUGACCCGUUAGCCAGCACCCCAACCCAGGGCAGCCCACCUUGCAGGGGCUUUGGCUGGAAGGCUUUGGCCUGAUCCUGAGGUGGGAGGGAGAGAGGAGUUUUGGUUUUCAGCCCCAGCCCAGAUGAGGGCACAGUGAGGGGCUAGUAGUCCAUUAUGUGUUUGGGGAAGGAAGAGGAUGGAGUGGGGACCCCAGGGGGCAGGAUUCCUAUUGAGCACAAAGUCAGGGAAGCACAGGAGAGGGGCUUAGAAGUAGUGUCCCUGUAAGCACAGAAAGGAGCCACUGGAGGAGCAGAGCUUUCUAGACCUUGGGGCCUGACGGGAAGGUGGGUGCUUGGGGGAGAGCCAGAGGGGGCUGUUGAGGGUUAGGG